ACGCGGCGCCACGCCCGCCGCCCGCCCCCCCCGCGCCCGCCGCGCGGCCUCAGUUUCCCCGCCGGCCGGGCCGGGCCGGACCGGGGGCGUGGCGGGCCGAGCGGCGGGCCGCGUACCUGUGGAAAGAGACGGCGCGCUUCUCGCCCUUGCCCUGCCGGUUGGAGCAGUUCACGGCCGCGCAACAGAUCACCAUCGCGGGCCGGCCCAGCGCGCCGCCAGGCUCCGGCCUCGCCGCCCGCCGCCCGGCCCGCCCCGAGGGAGCGCGGCGACACGGCCGGGACGUGGGUCGGCCGCGCCGUACGGCAAGAUGGCGGCGCGCUGCGCCCGCCCGCCGCAGUCGGCUGCCGGCUUCGGCGUCGCGGCGGCGGCGGCGGCCGGCGCACAGCUGCCCGGAUCGGCGAGGCCGUACGGCGACAUGCGCGCGCGCCCAGUCGUAUGGCAUGAUGGCCACGCCCAUCCGCACCCCUACACCCCCUAGCGAGCUGCGGUCCCGAGCCCCACGCGCCCCACCCCGUGUUGCUGCCGUACGCCGACAUGGCGGCGCCCGCGUUCCGCGGAGUACUUGGCCCCCGCGGCUUCCCGUCCUCCGCGUCGCGCUGGGGCCGUCGGAGCGACGCCGCGGUCAGUCGGCCGCCGCCGGGGAAGAUGGACGCAGCCACUCUGACCUAUGACACCCUCCGGUUUGCUGAGUUUGAGGACUUCCCCGAGACCUCGGAGCCUGUGUGGAUCCUGGGCAGGAAAUACAGCCUCUUCACAGAGAAGGAUGAGAUCUUGUCCGACGUGGCAUCCAGACUUUGGUUUACCUACAGGAGAAACUUCCCAGCCAUUGGGGGAACUGGCCCCACCUCGGACACGGGCUGGGGCUGCAUGCUGCGCUGUGGACAGAUGAUCUUUGCUCAGGCCCUGGUGUGCCGGCACCUAGGCCGAGAUUGGAGGUGGGCACAGCGGAAGAGGCAGCCUGACAGCUACUUCAGUGUCCUCAGUGCCUUCCUGGACAGGAAGGACAGCUACUACUCCAUACACCAGAUAGCACAAAUGGGAGUCGGCGAAGGGAAGUCGAUAGGCCAGUGGUACGGACCGAACACAGUGGCCCAGGUCCUCAAGAAGCUGGCUGUAUUUGACACCUGGAGUUCCCUGGCUGUUCACAUAGCGAUGGACAACACGGUGGUCAUGGAGGAGAUCCGAAGGUUGUGCAGGGCCAGUCCUCCCUGUGCAGGGGCUGCUGCACUUCCCACAGAUUCUGACGGGCACUGUAACGGAUUCGCUGCCGGAGCCGAGGUUACCAGCAGGCCAUCACCGUGGAGGCCCCUGGUGCUCCUCAUCCCCCUGCGCCUGGGGCUCACAGACAUCAACGAGGCCUAUGUGGAGACGCUGAAGCACUGCUUCAUGAUGCCCCAGUCCCUGGGAGUCAUUGGUGGGAAGCCCAACAGCGCCCACUACUUCAUCGGCUGCGUUGGGGAGGAGCUCAUCUACCUGGACCCCCACACCACCCAGCCGGCCGUGGAGCUGACGGACAGCUGCUUCGUCCCUGACGAGAGCUUCCAUUGCCAGCACCCUCCGUGUAGGAUGGGCAUCGGGGAGCUCGACCCCUCCAUCGCUGUGGGCUUUUUCUGCAAGUCUGAGGACGACUUCACCGACUGGUGCCAGCGAGUCAGGAAGCUGUCCCUGCUUGGGGGCGCCCUGCCCAUGUUCGAACUGGUGGAGCAGCAGCCUUCCCACCUCGCCUGCCCCGACGUCCUGAACCUGUCCCUGGAUUCUUCUGAUGUAGAGCGACUGGAAAGGUUCUUUGACUCAGAAGAUGAAGACUUUGAGAUCUUGUCCCUCUGAACACCCUGGGCUGGGGACCCGGCCUCCACGGCCCCUGCUGCAGGCGCCUUUGAGAACCCAGCUCGGCCUCGUGCGAAGCCUCUGCAUUCCAUCCCUCUAGCCUCCCCUGCCGCCUCACCCAGAGGGCCUUGAGGACUGUGCUGCCCUGGAGGCCUCACCACGGGAGUCGGACUGCCAGCCCAGAGCAGCGUGGGGCUGACCACGGGCCACCCGUCAGCCUGUGCAGUGAGUCAGGAGCCUCCAGAGCAGUCUGCUUGGCGCUGCCAGCAGCUUCGGUGCCCUGGCUCUGGCCCUGCUUCCUCCUGGGCACCCAGGCCUGUGGUUUGUUUGGAAUUAAAGCCCUGUUUGAAGUUGUU